ACCCGCAGUUUACGAAAUGUUCCGUGCUAAGCUUGACUGCCAGUGCACACAAACGUGUCGAUCUCGUAAAGUGCAGCUCACGGCCGCAGCUCCGACCGUCGCUGGCAGCCAUGCCUUCGGCAACCUGAUUAUGCACCCAGUCCAACCUGUGAUCACCUUGUGCAACUCUGCGUCUCGACGUCAAGUUACGGGACGAGCAUCUGCUACCCAAGGUCUUCCCGCCGACCGUGGAAUUGAUGUAGUCGGCUUCGGAAAUCUCUGCGUGGAUACUGUGCUUCCCUGGGAGCAACUCCCCCCAGCCAAUGUACACGUCAGGCGGCAGCUGUUGGACACGUUGACCAGCUCGCCACCUCACCACUCAUAUUGGGAGGUGGGUGGCAACUGCAACUUCAUGGUGGCUGCAGCGAGGCUAGGACUGCGAGUCGCCAGCGUGGGGCACAUCGGUACGGACGUGUACGGCAACUUCAUGGACAACGUUCUCAGGGGCAUCCGGACACUCCCCGGCGAAGCCAUGGAGGUUCUCCGCACUGCGCGCGCUGUGUUCACCAACGGCUUUAUAUUCGACGAGCUGCCGCUGGCGGCGGUGGAGACGGCUUGCAGCGACGCCAUCGAGCACGGCGCCGCGAUUUUCUUUGACCCUGGGCCCCGUUGUCAGACCAUGUUGGAGGGGCCGCGCAGGGCAGCUCUGAACCUGUUGCUGGACCUGAGCUCCGUGGUGCUCAUGACGGAGGAGGAGGCUCGUGUGGUUACGGGUCUGGAUGACCCGCAGGCGGCCGCCGAGUGGGUUCUGGCUAGGCCUGGCGCCCGGGCGCAGUGGGUGGUGAUUAAGAUGGGCAGCCAGGGGGCGUUGUUGUGCGAACGCAACCGUAGCAACAACGGCAGCAGCAGGAGCAGCGGCGGUGGCGCCGCCAACGGACAAGGGAACGGCCGUGGCCACGGCUGUGAUUACACUGGCGCAGCCAGUUCAGCCGAGACGACGACUUCACCGGCAGCGACGGCAAGAGUUACGCGCCUGGGGGCUGUCAAGGUAGAGGUGGUCGACACUGUUGGAUGCGGCGAUAGCUUUGCCGCCGCCGUCGUUAUGGGCUACAUCUCCGGCUGGCCUGCAGAUGUGACGUUGGCACUAGCUAAUGCCGUCGGCGGGGCGACGGCCACGGGCCGCGGCGCGGGCCGCAACGUUGCGCAAUUGGAACGAGUCCUGGCGCUGCUGGCGGAGGGAGCGGCGGGGGCUGCGGAUACAGCAGCCUGCGGACCGGAAGCGGCAGGUCGUCAACGAGUUGCCUUUGCCAGGGCACGCGCGCUGCUGCUGCAGUCUUUGGAGUCGCGGCGGCCGGAGCAGGGGAAUGAGCAACAGGGGGGCCGGGAAGAGGGCCGCCGGCAGGAACAGCUUAGCGCAGCUGCAUGA